AUGCGUAUGGCCAGUGCGCUGUUGCGAUCUCGCAAACCACAGAACGAGACGGACGUACCAUUUCAGGAGGUGUUGCCACUGCGCCUUAAAAACAAUGUGAGUGGUAAAACAGACAAAACGAGCGAUGUGGCUUGCCUGCAGGAGAUGGCAGUGCUGUUUUCCUGCCUGAAAACGCACGAUUUCAAUGAGAGUUUGUGCGCAAAGGAGGUGGGUACCUUUCAGCGCUGCUACAAGGUGUUCCUGGAUAAGAAAAUGGUCAAAAAGGAAACGUCCAGCAAGGGUAUGCUAGUGGCAGGGAAGGACCUCAACUAUAAGCAAUUAAACAAGGUGCUGAAAAAGUAUCCUACGUCGGCACAGAAUUAA